AGGGCACGCUCCGCAGCCUGGCUCCUUCUUUCCUCUAUAUACGUGGUUUUCCUUCUUCCAGUUCAUUCCAGAGCAAAGCAGCUUUGGAUUUCUCCGAGCUGCUCGCUCUUUCCCUCCCAGUAGCUGGAUUGCUGCCAGGGUCUUGCAGGGCCCAAGUUUUCUCUGCAGGGAUCUCUUCCCCCGAGCAGCCCAGCUGCACGCAGGCUGAAUCCGCGCUCCCGGGGCAAGCUGCAGUCGGGAGAGGAGCAGCAGCGGGGGUGCUGUUUGUGCCUCUCCUCCAGCUAUUCCUGUCAGCAUGGAUUUAUGGCUUUAAAAGGGGGGGGAGAAGGAAAACUGCCUACAGGAGCCAGCGCUUCCACCCCAGCCCGGCCAAACACACGUAAAGAAGCAGUCGGAUCCCGAGGCAUGAGCAGCGCGCAAGGGGCACCCUGGGAUCCGGUGGAUCCUUGCACGUACUAUGACUGAUCUGAAGCCUUUCAUCUGCCUUCCCAGAGCCGGGCUUUUGGAUUUAAGGUAGUUUGCCCUCGUCCAGACGUUGCUAUGUUGGCCAAGACAGUGCUUUCUCUUGGUCUGUGGCUGCAGUUGGCUGCGGGACAGAACACACCUGAGAGAGGUCCCCAGCCCUCUGUUUCCAACUCGGAGGGGGAUCUCCUCUUCUUGCUGGACAGCUCUGGCAGCGUCUCCUACUAUGAGUUUUCCAGGGUGAAGGAAUUCAUGUGGGACCUUGUGCAACCUUUCACCUUUGGCCCUAAAGACGUCCAGGCCAGCAUCAUCCACAUCAGCACUAUGCCCACCAUGGAGUUCCCCUUUGACCGGUACCAGUCCAGCCGGACUCUACACCAAGCCAUCCGGGACACUCGGCAGCUCAUGGGUGACACCAACACAGGCAAAGCUCUCUCCUAUGCCAAGGAGAAGCUCUUCAGUGGUGAAGCUGGUGCCCGGCCUGAUGUGCCCAAGGUACUGGUUUGGGUGACGGAUGGUUUCUCCACUGACGACAUCUCCGAACCCAUGCAGCUCCUGAAGGACAUGGGGGUAACGGUGUUCAUCGUCAGCACGGGACGAGGGAACUACCUGGAGCUCUCUGCUGCUGCCAGCCAGCCUCCGGAGAAGCACCUGCACUUUGUGGACGUGGAUGACUUGACCAUCAUCACCAAGGAGCUGCGAGAUUCCAUCCGAGACGUCAUCCAAGCAAAUCGGCUCCAUGCAGUCGAUAUCACCUCCAGCAGCUUCCGCCUGGUGUGGCCCAAACUCCUCUCCCAAGAGACCGGCUACUACACCCUGGAGUAUGCCCCAGUAGGUGAUCUAGCAAGGAAGAGGGCAGAUCAAGUGUCCGGGGCUCACACGAGCUUCAUGCUAAGCAACCUUGCACCAGAAACCGCGUACGAGGUGGCACUCAUUCCUGAAUCCAACGUCCACUACGUCCCUCCGCAGACAACAAGGGUCACUACCCUGGCAGAGGAAAUAAGCCCAGCUCAGGUUUUCAUCUCAGAGUCUGGCCCGCACAGCUUCCGUGUGAGCUGGGCUCCUACCCUGGCCAGCGUGGUGAGCUACCAGGUGCUGUAUGGACCAUUGCCUGGGAACUCGGCGCGGCUGCUGGAGGUGGGCGCUGAGCACAACGGCACCGUGGUGGAGAACCUGGCAGCGAACACGACCUACCUGGUGACAGUGACUGCGGUCUACAGGUCGGGAAAGGAGAGAUCCCUGUCAGCCAAAGCAUGCACCCAGGAAGAGGGCUCCAGCGUGAGGCACCUUCGCUUUGAGGACAUGGGCCCCGACACCCUGAAAGCCUCCUGGGACCCUGCCGACGGGGACGUCCUGGGUUACAGGGUGAGAUGCCGGCGGCAAGCGGGCCCUUCGUCCGUGCUCAGCGUGUCCCCCCGCAUCCACAGCGUGCUCCUCACCGACCUGCCCGCGGGCACCACCAACCGGGUGUGCGUGAAGCCCGUGUACAGGAGCCAGGCAGGCAAAGGGCUGUGCCGCACGGUGCGCAUGCAGCCAGCUACAGAGGCCCAAGGGUAUAAGCACAGACAGCGAGCGUGACGGUACCUGGAACGAACUGAUUCCCAGCAGAGCAAGGGCUCCUGCUUGGACAAAGACUUGGACAAAAAGGAGGGGUCAGGAAGGAGACUGGAAAGCUCCCAGAUCAUCUCCCAGCCUGCGCUGUCCGCUGAGGUGUCCUGGUUGUCAAGCCUCAAGGCUGGCCUCAAGCCGAGUGCUCCCAAAGCUUAAAGGUUUGGUUUGGCUGGAAGGAGCAGCCGAUCCGACCAAUACAUCCCAAAUCCGUACCCUCUUCUAUAUCAAUGCCUGACAAAUAACAAACCAAAGGCCAAGUGCUGAAUCCUCCCUCCCGCUUGCUUCCUGCCUAUGCUCUAUUUAUUAAACGUUGAUGCCGUUUUAUUCCUGCAGCUUAGGAA